UUUUCAUUUUUAUCUCAUUUUUUUCUCCGUUAAGGGAAAAAACAACCACACCCAUUCUCUCUCUUUCUGGCGAGAGGUCUCAAUCUCGCCGGAAAUUCUGUUUCUCACCGCCGGAGAAUCUGAUUCUUAGCUGAAGAGAGAGGAACUUUGUAUUUAAAAAAAUUGAAGAAAUAAAAUAUAGGGGAGGUUAACGUGCAAUGCUGGGAAAUUAAAAGAGAAUCAAGGAAGGAAGGCAGUGUUUGGUGGGAGGAUCUUACACGGCAAAGAUGCUAUGCUACUAAUAAGUUGAUACCUUCUUCCUUCAAUUUCCCUUUCCUUUAGCCAGUUUCCGUAGAAGCAUCUGAGAUAUUUUUUACACAAUUGUUGAUGCAACCGCGGAGUUCGAGUUUUUUCUUUGGGUGGGGGGGUUUUAUAUAGUCUUGUUUUAGGCAUCAAAUCAUAAUGCCAUCUGAAAUAAUGGACUUACAGGGUUUGUCUUCAUCAUCAUUUUCCUCUGAAGAUGCUUCCUUUCCCAGUGAGAGGCAGGUGGGGUUUUGGAAAUCAGACACAAUGCCUGAUCAACGCGGUCAGUAUAUUCGAGACACUCUUGGGAAAUCAUAUGUCUUGUCACCCAGUGAGAAACUUGUAGCUGUGGAGUCAGUUAAAUCGCUUGAGCAUCCUCAGCCUUCCCUAACACAUGACCAGAAAAUGAAUCAUAGCUUAUAUAAGCAUGCAGUGGGAGCAGAGAGAGCAUUAAGUCGGUCCUUGACUUUGUUGAGACCUGUGGACAAUGAUGGUACAGGGACCAGUUUGAAUGUACAGCCAGCAUCUUAUUUUGCAGAAGUUGGCAAAGUGAAUGCGAUGGCAGCUCAGCACGAGAAUAGUCUCUUCUCAAGCUCAUUAUCAGAAUUAUUUAGUAGGAAGUUGAGAUUAUCUUCAACCAAUUCUCUUUAUGGCCAUUCUGUUGAUACCAUUGCCUCUCACUUCGAGGAAGAGGAACCUUUUCAGUCUCUUGAAGAAAUUGAGGCCCAAACCAUUGGAAACCUUCUUCCCGAUGACGAUGACUUAUUUAGUGGGGUGACUGAUAGAGUAGAAAAUAUCAACCAUCCCAGUGGUGGAGAUGAUAUGGAGGAUUUGGACUUUUUCAGCAGUGUUGGGGGGAUGGAUUUGGGGGAUGAUGGUUCUGUGGCCCAGAUUGACUCUGAAUUUCAUGGAGGAGCUUCUAAUGGUCAGCUGGGGGCAUGCAAUCUUUCAGUGGCAGGAGAACAACCUUAUGGUGAACACCCUUCUAGAACGCUCUUUGUGAGAAAUAUAAAUAGCAAUGUUGAAGAGUCUGAGUUAAGGGCUGUAUUUGAGCAAUAUGGUGAUAUUCGUACACUUUAUACGGCUUGCAAGCAUCGAGGUUUUGUUAUGAUUUCCUAUUACGAUAUUAGAGCAGCCAAAAAUGCGAUGAAAGCACUACAGAAUAGGCCUUUGAGACGUAGGAAACUUGACAUUCAUUACUCAAUUCCAAAGGACAACCCUUCAGAGAAAGAUUUUAACCAGGGCACUCUUGCUGUGUUCAACCUCGAUUCUUCUGUUUCAAACGACGAUCUUCACCAGAUAUUUGGUGUCUAUGGAGAGAUCAAGGAGAUUCAUGGAACCCCACACAGAAAUCAUGACAAAUUUGUUGAAUUUUAUGAUGUGAGAGCUGCAGAGGCUGCUCUUCAUGCUUUGAACAAGAGUGAUAUUGCUGGGAAGCGGAUUAAGCUUGAAGCAAGCUGUCCAGGGGGUUUGAGACGUUUAUUGCACCAGAUUCCUCCCGAGUUGGAACAAGAUGAAUUUAGGCCUUUCUUGCAGCAGAGCAGUCCUCCCAAUAACUCAACUACUGGAUUCUCCGGAACAAUUAUAUCCACUGCCAUGGAUAAUGGGCCUAUUUUGGGAGCACCCUCUGCAACACAUGCCCCGUUUUUGGAAUCUGCAUUGCAUCAUGGAAUCUCUUCUAGCGUUCCUAACAGCAUGUCCUCAGUUUCAAGAGUUGAAUCAGCUGGCAAUCAAACUGGCUUUGCUGAGCUCAGUCACUCACCAGGUCAUUUGAAAUUUGAUAUCCAGAGCACUUUAAAUUUUCAUCCUCAUUCACUUCCCGAGUAUGAUGGUCUAAAUAGUGGUGUUCACUGCAACUCUCCUGGAGCAAUGGCUGCAAACAUCAAUCCAAGGCCACUUGAAAGAAUUGAUACCCGGCAUUUAGCCAGAAUUAGCCCAAAUGGAAACCCAAUUGAAUUCAGUGAAGGAGUUUUUGGAUCUGCCCGAAAUGGAAGCUGCUCUCGACCUGGAAAUCACUAUACAUGGGGUAACUCCUAUCAUCACCAGCCCCCAGGCAUGAUUUGGCCAAACUCCCCAUCAUUUGUCAAUGGAAUUUCUGUAGCUCAUCCUGGACCACGGCUGCAUGGACCUCCUAGAGUACCACCUUCUAUGCUUAAUCCUGUUUUACCCAUCAAUAACCAACAUGUGGGAUCUGUGCCAGCUGUCAAUCCUUCUCUCUGGGAUAGACAGCAUGCAUAUGCAGGGGAAUCUCCUGAUGCUUCCAGUUUCCAUCCCUGUUCUCUUGGGAGCAUGAGGAUUUCCAAUAAUUCGUUGCACUCCAUGGAAUUUCUCUCCCCUAAGAUGUUUCCUCAUGUUGGGGGAAACUGCCUGGAACUUCCAAUGCCCCCUCAAAAUGUUGGGUUCCAAUCACAACAACAGAGGUCCAUGGUGUUUCCUGGCAGAGGCCAAAUGAUUCCCAUGAUUAAUACAAUUGAUGCUCCUGGUGAACGUGCUAGAAGCCGUAGAAAUGAAGGCAGCAUUAGUCAGGCAGACAAGAAACAAUACGAGCUUGACAUUGAUCGCAUAUUGCAAGGGGAAGACACCCGAACAACACUUAUGAUAAAGAAUAUUCCUAACAAGUAUACUUCAAAAAUGCUUCUGGCUGCAAUCGAUGAACGCCAUAAAGGAACUUACAAUUUUGUUUACCUACCAAUUGAUUUUAAGAACAAAUGCAAUGUUGGGUAUGCGUUUAUCAACAUGAUUGAUCCCAGACAAAUAAUUCCAUUCUAUCAGGCAUUUAAUGGAAAGAAAUGGGAGAAAUUCAAUAGUGAAAAAGUAGCAUCGCUUGCAUACGCCCGCAUACAAGGAAAAGCAGCUCUCAUUGCACAUUUCCAGAAUUCAAGCUUGAUGAAUGAGGAUAAGCGAUGCAGACCCAUUCUCUUCAAUACUGACGGACCCAAUGCAGGUGACCAGGUGCCCUUUCCAAUGGGGGUUAAUGUAAGAACUAGAACUGGGAAACCCCAAACCAUCAUCCAUGAGGAGAACCAGCAAGGAAGCCCAUCAAAUCUGGCAGGUGGGGAGGAUUCUUCAAAUGGGGAUGCUUCGUCAGGUUCAGGAAAGGAGUCUGAUUAAGCAAGCCACUUGUUUUUGUGGGCUCUAACCUCUUAGGACUGAGUAAUUUAAGUUCGGCGCCGCCCCUGUGGUGGCUGAUUAAAAAGAGACUUUUUUCAACUUUUGAGAAGCUUCUUAAAAAUUAUAGGACUUAGCCAGACCUAAACUGAAUUUCCAAUUUUAUUCAGAUUUUCAUAGAAUUCUGAAAUGGUUAGACAAAGAAGCAUCAGGUGGGGCUUCGAAAUUUUGGAUGUUGUUGAGAGUAAUCUACACACACACACAACAUAGUAUGUAUAGGAGUUUCUGAGACAAUAAGGGAUCUUUUUGCCGAGGUUCCGGAGGCUUCUGUAUUUCCCGGGGUUUUGUUUGCUUUCGAAUGUUGGGCUUGUAUCCCAGAUGUAAUUUCUCGCUGAAAUAUACCGUAGUCAGAGACCUUUUUUUUAAAAAAAUUUGAAGCGGUGAA